ACAUUUGUUUUGACACAUAAAACGCAAAACAUAACCUUUUCAUUCAAACCGCAACUACAAGUUUUAUUUUUCUCUCAACACAAACGUUUGUUCGUGUUGCACAAGAAUAACGAAAUCCAGUACAAAGUAGGAGCCAUGAGCGAAAAAAACAAAUUGCAAGGUGCCGGUGGUGGUGGUGGAGGUGGCGGCGGCGGUGGAGGAGGAGAUGGCAAAGAGAAACGCCGAAAGGAGUCAAUUUUGGACUUGAGCAAAUACCUGGAAAAGACAAUUCGUGUAAAAUUUGCUGGUGGUCGAGAAGCGGCUGGUGUUCUGAAAGGUUUCGAUCCGUUGUUGAAUCUCGUCCUGGACAAUACCACAGAACAUUUACGCGAUCCAGACGAACCGUACAAAUUGGCCGAUGAUACCAGAAAUUUGGGACUAGUCGUUUGCCGUGGUACGUCGGUGGUGUUGAUUUGUCCGCAAGACGGUGUGGAGGCGAUACAAAAUCCGUUUAUUGCUCAGGAUACGUAAAAUGUGUGGAAGUGAAUGUAGGGGAUGGAUAAGGGCGAAAUUUUGAUUAAAUUGAUUAAGUAACACGGUAAAUGGUUUAACAAGAAA